AUAAUGCCUGUACCAACGCUUCCACCAUUCCCAGACGACGUUCCUACGCAUCCAUUGCUAGUAAUUGAUUACGAACUCCUCAAAGCCAAGGAUCAAGAAGAAAUUGACCGUCUCUGGGGUGCUGCAACGAGUCUUGGAUUCUGGUACCUCAAAAACCAUGGCGUUCAGGAAGAAGUGGAUGGAAUGUUCGAAAUGGGCGAAGCUACGAUGAAACUACCCAUGGAAGAGAAGAUGAAAUUUGAGCAAGGCGACGACGGGUCUUCUUUCGGAUACAAAGCCGCAGGUGCCAACGCAGUGGACGCUGACGGAACCCCUGACACCGUCGAGUUCAUCAAUAUCGCCAAAGACGACGGUUUCGCUUGGCCAAACACCGCUCGUCGUACCUACCCUUCCACCGUCACCUCUCGAAUGGACUCCAUCGUCGUACCUUUCAUCAAAAAAUCCACGGCGAUCAACAGCACCAUUCUAGAUAUCUUCAACUCCAAACUAGGUCUACCCGACGAUGUAUUAACCAGGAAACACAGCAUCGAAGAAUACAGCGGGAGCGAAGCGAGGACGAUUAAGAACCCUAAGGGGAUGUCGAAGGAAAGGCUGGCUAUCGCAGCCCAUACCGAUUUUGGGAGUUUGAGUUUUCUGCAUAACCGGUUGGGUGGGCUGCAGGUGUUGCCGCCUGGAAUUGACGAAUGGCAGUAUGUCAAGCCCCUUCCUGGACAUGCCAUCUGUAAUGUAGGCGACGCAUUGGCCGUGCUCAGCGGGGGGAUUUUGCAUUCGAAUAUCCAUCGUGUCAUCCCUCCUCCAGGCGCACAAGCGACAUACGAACGUUGGUCACAGGUUUUCUUCACUCGACCUGGAAACUCAGUCGUACUCGAACCUCUUUCGUCGCUGAGCCCCAUCAUCGCUGAUGCCGUUCAGAAAGACCCACACAAGAAUCUGAAUGCUGGAGGAGCUACGGCGUAUGAAUGGUUCUCGAGGAGGGUCAAGAACCAGAGGAUCAAAAAUAGGACGGGCCCCGAAACCUGGCAAGCCAGUCGUGGCACCGAACAAGGGAGGGCUUGAAACCUCUGGCUUUGUUGGAUGGUAUCUUGUAUGCAUAUGUACUAUCUAGUGUAAACAUGUAACAGUAUUCCAGUUAUCGUAAAAUAAAAUGAAGGGUAUGGCAAACUAUUAAUAUCAAAGCAG